AUGGGAUCCGACCACAGUAGAGUUAGGCCAGUGCUCAAGCCCGGGGACGAGUACCGGGGUUGGGCACUGCUGCUAGUGAUUGUCCGUGCUCCUUCUGGAUUUGUUCUGGUAGCUCACAGAUGGGCAUUUUCCUUUUUUCCAAUUGUAGCUUCAGAUGUUGGCGUCACUGGCCGAAUCCCUAGCGCUAGUGAGCAAGCAACCGGUAAAGAAAAAUUUGAACAUGACGCUAUGAUGACUGGUAACACUGAUCCCUUUGAUAUGAGCUUUCACGAAGGUCCAUGGGGAACUGCAGUAAACCCACGCGGGGUCCCUUCUCAUUUCGAUGAAAGGAUAUUGGGUUGCGUUUGUGAGCCGGAAGCAACUCAAAUUAUCUAUAUGACUUUAAAGAAAGGUAAUCCACAGCAAUGUGAUUGUGGCCAUUGGUGGAAAUUGGUUGAGGCAAAGUAAUGCAAAGGAAGAAAAUAGAUCAAUUCAUUUAAAUGCAUUCAUUUAUAUGAUUGCUAUAGUUUUAUGCAGGCUACAUUCUAUUAUAUGAAGCUUUAACCAACCUGCUUGAAAGUGAUUAUCCGUCAAAUGCUGAAAACUUGUAACAGUUUUAAAAAAACAUUGAAUAGCUUUAUUGUAAGUUUAGGUUGUGGUGUUUUGACGUUGUUACAUUUGUAAUCUGCAAACCUAUGGAUUACAAACUGCUGUAAUUUAUAAGAAUUAGCUAACUUGCGCCAUUAUAAAUAAAAAAGAAAAUCUGUUAAGUCUG